GCUACGUAGGGGGUACAUUAACUCCCCGUAGUAUACAUGAAUGACGAACUUAGCUUACCAAUACGAAUACCCAUCUCUGCAGUUAGAAAGCCAGAUAAUAUUUAGUUUACAUCUAGGGUACCAAGGUUCAUUUAAAGACACCAAUUAUAAUAAUCAUGAUCUCGAUAUCUGACCAAAGUGGGGAUGUAGAUGUAGAUAUGCAAAUGUAGAGAUGUAAUGCUACCAACUUGAAAUGACUCCAAUGACUAUCAACCGCAUAUCGCAUCGAACUUGAUAUUCGCCGUCCACGUGCUUUCGGCUUGCAUGGCGGCUUUAAUUUCUUAUCGACAGCUCUUUCUAGUCAACCUCAAACUUAAAUCAGCUCCAAACUUAAACGUGCAUGUAUGUAAUGUAAUAAACUCGAACCAGGCAAAUAACCUCGCCAAGAAAUACUUCCAGUUCACACAAACUUCCAGCCCCAUGGUCAGCUUGGAUUUUAACCCCUUAUCUUAAACUUCGUGAAACAAUGGCAGCAGCAGGGAUACUUCCGAAGCCGCCUAUAGCUCUACCGAUACCUGAAUCCCGACCCACUGCCGCUCCGUCCGCUGCCGAGGCUCUCACGCCUUUAAUCCAAUCGACCUAUAGAACCUCCGAAUUACGUUUCUUCGUAAAUGGGCGUCGCGUUACCGUCGCAAACCCGAACCCUGACUGGGUUCUCCUCGACUGGAUUCGUGCUCAGAGCAACUUGAAAGGGACCAAACUUGGUUGUGGUGAAGGUGGAUGUGGUGCUUGUACUGUGGUACUCCAAACCGCCGAAAAGGGGAAACGAUUAAGGCAUGUCGCGGUAAAUGCUUGCCUCUUCCCACUUGUCGGUGUCGACGGGAAGAGUUUAAUCACUAUCGAGGGCUUGGGAACAGUCGCUCGCCCACAUCCUCUCCAAGAAAGGGUAGCUAAGAUGCAUGGCUCCCAGUGCGGCUUUUGCACCCCUGGAAUAGUUAUGAGCUUAUACGCGCUCAUCAGAAACUCGUAUCAGGAGGGGAAAUUCCACCUCUCAGCCUCCGAUGUUGAAAUGCAAGGGCAUCUAGAUGGAAAUCUAUGUAGAUGCACCGGAUAUAAACCAAUCCUUGAGGCGGCUAAGACGUUCAUCGUGGAAGACUUGAAAGGAGACCUAGUUGAGGAGUCUAGCUCUUCCCCUCUAACUGUGGAUAGUUUCACCAAUGAUGCCCUCCAAAAUUCAACGAACGAAGAAGUAUGCAGUACCCAGGGAGGCUCAUGUGGCCGUCCGGGUGGGUGUUGUCGUGACUCAUCUACAUCGUCGUCCAGGAGUAGUGUUGGUAGAUUAUCAUCUCAGGGUUCCGAUACUACACGAGCCACCUCUGCCGACUCGGCCAAGAACACAAGCGCCUCACUUAAGUCAUUCAUCCCAUACGAUGCUACAGCAGAGUUGAUAUUCCCCCCGGCCCUCUGGAAAUACGAGCGACAGCCUAUUUGUUUCGGAAACGAGAGGAAGGUUUGGUUCAGGCCUACAACGCUUGAACAGUUAAUCGAAUUGAAGGACGCCUGGCCCUCGGCCAAAAUCAUAGGUGGUGCUAGCGAGACACAGAUCGAGGUUCGUUUUAAGAAGUCAGAGUAUCGAGUAUGCAUCUACGCAUCAGAUAUUGAAGAACUUAGUAACUUUGAGGCCCCCCAGAGCCAUGUUAAUUUCAGCGCCCUCUCGGAAGUCUCUAUUCCUGGCAAUAUGCCGCUGACGAAAGUGGAAGAAUUGUGCUCUAUGUUGCUCCUAAAGAUUGGUGCAAGGGCAAGUGCACUCGAAGCGCUUCGUAAACAACUUAGGUAUUUCGCAGGCCGUCAGAUACGGAAUGUUGCGAGCUUGGCUGGGAACUUGGCAACAGCGAGCCCCAUCUCGGACGCGGCUCCGGCUCUUCUAGCAGCGGUAUCCACGAUCACGAUAAGAACUAUGAAAGAGGGCUCAUAUGACAUACCAUUAUCAACCUUUUUCGUGAAAUAUCGAACAACUCAACUUCCUAGUGACGGAGUGAUCACGCACAUAAAGAUCCCAUUACCGCCGCCAGAGGCGUUAGAAGUAACGAAGGCGUAUAAACAAGCUAAGAGGAAAGAUGACGACAUCGCGAUUGUGACGGCGGGCUUCCGAAUACGCACGGAUCAAAAGGGUUUCGUCCAACAGGCGACUUUCGCUUUUGGUGGCAUGGCACCAACUACGAUAGUUGCAAAGACAGCACAGAAGGCCGUACUAGGAAAACAGUGGUCAGAUAAUGACACCCGUGAAGAGGUAAUAGGCGCUCUUCUAAAGGACUUUGACUUGCCAUUCGGUGUACCUGGAGGGAUGGCUCAAUAUAGGAAAACCCUGACGUUAUCUUUGUUCUUUCGUUUUUGGCACGAGAGCAACACAGAAUUGGGCCUGAGUACCGCUGGGGGUGAUACUGUCGGAGAAAUACAUCGCGGAAUAUCCACUGGCACUCGUGAUCACUUUGCUACUUCAGGUACCAAGGUCGUAGGUAGAGAGAUUCCGCAUCUCUCCGCUCUAAAGCAUUGCACCGGCGAGGCCGAAUAUGUUGACGAUAUGCCGCAGCAGAGUAAUGAGUUAUACUGUGCCCUUGUCCUAUCAACGAAAGCGCACGCCAAGAUCCUCGCAGUCGACUGGAGCAUUGCGCUCGAAAUGCCAGGAGUGAUCGGUUAUCUCGACAAAGACAGUGUACCGCAAGGAAGUAAUGACUGGGGCCCAAUCCGAAUAGAUGAACCCUUAUUUGCAGUAGACGAGGUUUACUCACAUGGUCAGACAAUAGGCCUAGUAUACGCCGAGACAGCUUUACAAGCCGCUGCUGCCGCUGCAAAGGUUCAAGUGACAUAUGAAGUACUACCAGCCAUACUCACCAUAGACCAAGCAAUCAAGGCCGAGAGUUAUUUCGAACACGGGAAGCAAUUGAAGAAAGGAGCUGCGAUUCAGGGACCUCUGGAUGGCGUAUUCGCCAAAUGUGACCAUAUCUUUGAGGGUACAACAAAAUUAGGGGGUCAAGAACAUUUCUAUUUGGAGACGAAUGCCGCACUAGCGAUUCCUCAUAUCGAAGAUGGUACGAUGGAAGUGUAUGCUUCGACGCAGAAUUUAAUGGAGAACCAGGUUUUCGUCGCGCAGGUUCUCGGCGUACCUAUGAGUCGAGUUAACAUGAGGGUCCGACGUCUUGGCGGCGCUUAUGGUGGAAAGGAGUCGAGGAGUACCCCUAUAGCGUGUUUAGUUGCUAUCGCCGCCAAGAAGGAGCGUCGUCCUAUGAGGAUUAUGUUGAAUCGCGAUGAAGAUAUCAUGAUCAGCGGACAGAGGCAUCCGAUGCAAUGCAGAUGGAAGAUCGGCACGGAUACCAACGGCAUUAUCCAAUGCCUUGACGCGGACAUCUAUAAUAACGCGGGAUAUUCCUUAGAUAUGUCUGGUGCCGUUAUGGACCGGGCUUGCACCCAUAUCGACAAUUGUUACAACAUCCCACAUGCCUGGAUACGUGGAUGGCUCUGCAAGACGAAUACCGUGUCGAACACAGCUUUCCGUGGAUUUGGGGGUCCACAAGCCAUGUAUUUCACCGAGUCCUAUAUGAGUGUCAUUGCUGAGCAUCUCCAAAUUAACGUCGACGAGCUGCGAGUUAGAAAUUUAUAUAAGCAAGGUGAUUUGACACCGUUCUUGCAGCCGAUUGAUGUCGAUUUCCAUAUCCCGACCAUGCUCGAACAAUUAAGCGCCAAUGCGGAUUAUGAGAAUAGGAGGGAAGGAGUUAAAUUGUUUAACUCGCGGAACCGGUAUAGAAAACGAGGAAUCUGCAAAAUCCCGACCAAGUUUGGGCUCAGGUAAGUUGCUUCGUUAUCGCCUUUUUAGGCAGAAGGUUGACCUUAUGCGCUUCAGCUUCGCUACCGCGCUCCAUCUCAACCAGGCCGGUGCCUACAUAAGGAUUUAUGAAGGUAGGCAUUUCCUUGAGUUUUAUACGUGUCUGGAAACCUUGAUAGAGUCUAUCAAGUAUUUUAAACCUACCAAAUUCCCUUUCAGAUGCUAGUUGCUUUGAUCCCAUCUAAUCCGCUAAUUCCGUUUCUUAUAGAUGGCAGCAUGCUGCUUCAUACUGGCGGCGUCGAAAUGGGCCAAGGUUUAUACACUAAGAUGUGUCAGGUUGCGGCUGAGGAGCUCGGCGUAAGCGUUGAUCAAAUAUUUAGCAAAGACUCACAAACCGACCAAGUCGCCAACCCA